AGUAUAAUCCUUCUUAUCAGAGUUACUCGUCCGGAAACUACAAUAACAAUUCAAGUCAAGGUUAUAGCAGUUAUGGCGCUGGUGGAUUUAUGACUCCAGGUGGCGAAGGUCCAGUUUCACGGCGAGAUUCAGAGGGAAGGUCUUCCGACCGUGGUGCGAAAACAGUUCGUUCCGUCACAAUUAGGCAGCUCUUGAACUGUGACUCCAGUCAUUCUGAUGGUGAACAACUGCUUGAUGGAAAACCACUUAGCCUUGUCACAUUUGUCGCAAAAGUACAUAACAUUUCUCCAAAAAGUGCUUUAGUUGACAUUACCGUUGAGGAUGGUACUGGUUUUAUUGAAGUGAAGCUUUUCUCUAAUAACGAUAAUUUAAACGAAGAACAGGAAAGGAUCAUGAAUGUUCCCAGUGAUAUUAAAAUUAACAGCUAUAUAAGGGCAUCCGGGACUCUGAAAGAAUUUAAAUCUAUUAAAAGUUUUAUUGCAUAUUCCAUCAGGCCGAUAACUGAUCACAACGAGAUUAGUUACCACUUUAUUGAAGUUAUUCAUACUCACCUUUCAUUAAUUAAGGGCAAUAACAAUCGAAUGUCCCAAGGUAGCGCUUCUACAAUUACCGGCUCGGUAUAUGAUCCUUCUCAGGUCAAUAAAAACAACUCUAAUACGGGAGCAUUUACGAGCAAGCUCCACAAAGAGGUUUUUGAUCUUGUCGCCCGAAACGCAGACAAUGAAGUUGGAAUGAAAAUUGAUGACAUCUGUCGUGCGUUGGCUUUUCAAUAUGGAUCUGAUAAUAAUGUUAGGAAUGCGAUUGAUGAUCUAGUUAGCGAAGGUCAACUUUAUAAUACUUCAGACGAUAACCAUGUUCAAGUCACUGGUGCAAUGAAAGCGCAUAAUUCUUACACCACUUCUGGAAACGAAGAAUAUUCUCUGUUUAAUUUCGGCUUGGAUUCUCGACUUCGUCCCAGAAUACCGAGAAACACGAUUAUCAAUUUUGUCCCACAGCAGGAGGCAUGGAUCAUAGAACGUUUUGGAAAGUUUGAUCGAUUGUUGCAGCCAGGUCUUGCAUUUGUAAUUCCUUUCCUUGAACGUAUCAA